UGCACGUCACUCCCAAACUUUUCCUCCCUGCGCUCGGGGAGUCAGGUUGGCGCGCCCUGGAUGCGGGGCUGGAGGUGCAGGGCUGGGCGCGCUCCCGCGGAGCCGGAGCCGCAGAGGCUCCCGGCUGGACUCGGGUCUCUCAGGUAAUCGGUCAGCUUAAAGAUUUUUCUGCCCCCCGAGGAGGACGCAUUUCAAGGGAACACGGGAUGUGAGAGUGGAACCUUCCCGGGCGCCCCCAUGGCCGGCCAGCCGGCCCAUCCCCCGCCGAGAAGACCAUGACAUCUGCCCAUCUCCUGGGGGUUUCCCUGCGCCCCGGCGAGACGCCUUCCACUUCAUCUCGUGCCAUGGGAAAAACCUGAAGGGGCGGGCAGGGUGGCUCUCCAGCCUGUGGCUUUUCCCCACGGUCGCAGAGGCGCCGCUGACAGAGCAUGACAGUUGGGGAUCACUUCUCCCUGCUGCCUGCCCGCGUCGCACCAGGGAACGCCCGUCCUGCGUCGGUGCCCGCUCCUUCUCGUGUCUGCCGCCGGGGCCUUCACAUCGCCUUCCCUAAACCCGAGACGCCCUUCACGUCUUGCAGCGCGGGGUGCGUGCCCCUGGACGCCUCGCCCAUGGCUCGCCGGGCCAGCCGUGCAAGGCCAUUACCAUGAGGCACUGCAUUAACUGCUGCAUCCAGCUGUUCCCCGACGACGCGCACAGGCAGCAGGCCGGCGGCCGCACGGGCCCCCGCCCCGGUCGCCAGGAGGGCCCCGUGUGCCAGGGAGAAGACAAGAUAGUGUUCUGCGUGGACGGGAGGCAGAUGAACUUGCUCGCUGUCCUCGAAGUGCGGGCCGAGGGGAGCGAGAGCUGGGGCGGGCUUCUGCGCUUCCGGAAGGGGAAGCGAUGCAGCCUGGUCUUCGGACUGAUCAUCAUGACCUUGGUGAUGGCCUCUUACAUCCUUUCGGGGGCCCACCAGGAGCUGCUGAUCGCCUCGCCGUUCCGUUACGGACCCUUCCCCAGCAACCCCGGCUGGGUGGACGGGGAGAGCCCGGCCGAGGCCAGGGAGCCUCACCACCAGCCGCCUGUCGGCAACAUCUCCUACACGAAGGACUACCCGAGCAUGAGGCUGAUCAUCAGCAGCAUCGCCGCCCGCAUCGAGUUCACCGCCAGGCAGCUCCCGGACCCAGACGAUCUCAGGAAGCAGGAGUCGCACAUGUUCUCAGUCAUCCCGAAUAAAUUCCUUCCCAACAGCAAGAGCCCGUGCUGGUACGAGGAGUUCGCGGGCCGGAACACCACCGACCCCUACCUGACCAACUCCUACGCGCUCUACUCCAAGCGCUUCCGCUCCACCUUCGACGCGCUGCGCAAGGCCUUCUGGCGCCACCUGUCCCACGCCGGGGGCAGGCACUACCGCCUGCGCUGCCUGCCCGGCUUCUACAUCAUCGGGCAGCCCAAGUGCGGCACCACCGACCUGUACGACCGCCUGCGGCUGCACCCCGAGGUGAAGUUCUCCGCCAUCAAGGAGCCACACUGGUGGACAAGGAAGCGCUUCGGAAUCGUUCGCCUGCGAGACGGGCUGCGGGACCGCUACCCCGUGGAGGACUACCUGGACCUCUUCGACCUGGCCGCGCACCAGAUCCACCAAGGGCUGCAGGCCGGCUCUGCCCAGGAGCCCGGCAAGAUGAGCAGAAUCAUGAUCGGGGAGGCCAGCGCCUCCACCAUGUGGGACAACAACGCCUGGACCUUCUUCUACGACAACAGCUCGGACGGCGAGCCCCCCUUCCUGACGCAGGACUUCAUCCACGCCUUUCAGCCGGACGCAAAGCUGAUCGUCAUGCUCAGGGACCCCGUGGAGAGGCUGUACUCCGACUAUCUGUACUUCGCCAGUUCGAACAAGUCUGCGGAUGACUUCCACGACAAAGUGACGGAGGCCCUGCAGCUGUUCGAGAACUGCAUGCUUGACUACUCCUUGCGCGCCUGCGUCUACAACAACACCCUCAGCAACGCCCUGCCUGUGCGGCUGCAGGUCGGCCUCUAUGCCGUGUACCUCCUGGACUGGCUCACCGUCUUCAGGAAGGAGCAGUUCCUUGUCCUUCGCCUGGAAGACCACGCCUCGGACGUCAAGCACACCAUGCACCGGGUCUUCCAGUUUCUCAGCCUCGGGCCCUUGAGCGAGAAGCAGGAAGCCCUGAUGACUAAGAGCCCUGCGUCCAACGCCCGGCGGCCCGAGGACCGCAGCCUGGGGCCCAUGUGGCCGGUCACGCAGAGGAUCCUGCGGGACUUCUACGAGCCUUUCAACGCCCGGCUGGCGCAGGUCCUGGCCGACGAGGCCUUCACCUGGAGGAAGACGUGAGGCCGGGCCCCCGCCGCCCGCCCGGGGCCUCCGGCUUCGCUGUCGCCGCGGUUCGAAAGCCCCCCUCUGAGGGGAGCCACUGUACUCAGAGCGAGGAGGGAACUCCGAGAUUCGAGGCUCCCUUCCCUCCCAGGCUCAUGUGGAUUAGGACCUUCCAGCAUUUCCUUUGCAACGUCAAACAGCCGGCACCGACCCUUCUCCAGGCUCCUCCGCCCCGGCCGCCGGGAGCCCCCUGCUGGACGGACCGCCUUCUGUUCCCGGCCCUGCCUGCCCGGGGCCCCUGCUCCUGGGGUGAGGCUGGUGGGCACCGCUCCGGGAGCCGAGAGGGGAACCCCGGCCUGGCACUCGACUGUUCUGGGGUCCGGCCGAGCACGCUCGAGGUCAUGCCGUGGGGCUCGCCAGCGCUCCCCCCUCACAUGCAGUUCUGGAACAUUCUGUGGAUCCCUACCCACCUGGCAGAGAUGGGGGUGUUUUUAUCCCCCCACCCCCCUUCAUCCCACAGUCAGCCCUUCGUUCCCUGCAGAGACAAACCCCGUGGCCUCUCGGACCACCCUCCACUCUCUUCUCCUGGACUUGGGUCUAACACAGAGAGUUAGACAGGCUCUAGCGGCUAGUGCGCUAGCCGGAGCUCUCCCUCCCGCCUCUUUAGAUGUUUGCUCCAGCAUUUAUUCGGUGUAUAAUUGGAAUAGGCAUUUGUAACCGAAGGGGUGACUGCGGCUGUUCACGCCAGGCUGUGCAACUUCAGGGCACCGAGCGCUUCCUGGGAAUCUGGGGUCCGGGCCCGUCCUGCGCACAGGGCCGCGGAACUGCGGGGGGACCUGACGUUUCGGUCUGGCCGCCCGGGCUCCCUUGCUCUGCCUUCCCGUGGGUGAGCCUGGGACACUCCCCCCACCCCACCCGCUCCACCACACAUGACCACAGGCCUGGCUCCGCCCACAGACGACACGACACCCCUGUGCUGACUCAGAAACAGCGCACGGGCUGGCCUGGGGCCGAGCGUGGCAUGCCAGGGUUCUGCGGGCACCUUGCCGGGCCGCCUGGCCGCUUGCUUUCCCCGUGGGUGGGCUAACGGUCUGUCACUUCCCGGAGGUGAUGGGCAGAGACCGACAAGAACCCGGGCCCCCUGGGCACACAGCCCCACGUGGGAACCAGUGACGCUGUGUGCUUGCGUGUGGUCGGGGGAAGCUCCCUGCGCACGCACCAGAGCUCUCGCUCACGGUCCCGGACACCGGGUCAGAAACUGUCGACGCCCAUCGGCACUCACAGGCGUGAGCACUGGCCAGGCUCCAGCCGCAGCCCUCGUCCUUCUGCGGCGCAGGUGGGACGCACCACCCGUCCGAGGGCGUGCGGGGGGCUCUCGGGGCGGGCACGGCCCGGCUUUUUCUGCUACGGAAGGGGCUGUGUGUCCCCAACACCCGCCUCCAGGGGCAGCCCCCGGCCCUUCCUCUCCCGGCCGGCCCUUGGAGCACACGCGUGCACUGGGGAACAUCAUGGCAGCGUGUGUGUAUGUGUUUAUUUGCAGCACGUGUGUGUGCGAGUGCAUGUGGGGGAAGGUGCCUUUUCUGAGCGGGUGCUCGACAGUCCCGUGGGUGGCGAGGCCGCUCGCCUGGACGCGGCCCUUUCACGGAGUCACGGAGUAACCUCUCUGCCAGCCACCUUGUCACUUCCACCACGUGUGUUGCGGCCCCGCCCCGCCAUAGCUGCAGGGCACUUUUCUCACGCACGCACUCCUGUGCAUGUGACUAACAUGCAGACUCAUUCUGCUUCUUACAGAAGUACCACGGACGGUGUUAUUUCCAAUAUUAUUUGGUGUAUUAUACAGGUCCUUUCACACACGCCGGCCCGCCCGUCCUGUGCCCGCCGGCGCCCCCAGGAGCAGUUUCCGUCCAGGGGCCCUUCUCCGAGGGCGAUGCCUCUGCUCUCUCUCCCUCGCUCGAGGUCGAGGCUCGUUCUUGUCGACGGCGGAGAGGGGGUCCUGAGCCUGUCCCCCCAAAACCAAAGCGAAAUGGAGCGUUUCCCACGGCCCAUUGCCUUCUGCGGACUUUGCCUUCUGCGGAGCCGUGGGCGGGGCUGUCCUCCCUUCGCCCUGGGAGCGGUGUGCGGCGACCCGCAGUUGGGCUGAGCUUUUAUCACUAUUUACCAGAAUUAAAUGUGCGCCCCGUGGCGGGUGCCCGGAUACACAGGCUCUUCCUCGCCGCCAUGAGCCCUUGUGGCGGGUUCUCCGCGGUGUCCCCAGUGCGUGAGCGAGUCUUGGAAGGGGGUGCAGUGUCUCUCCUGCGUGCGGUGUGCACCUUCUCUGUGAAGGCGACCUGCUCCCCUCGGUGGCAGGUGAGAGAGAGGCAAGGCCCCGGAGGGAAGGGCUGAGGUGUGACCAGGGUCGCCCCGUGCGGGCCUGCAGUGGGGGGGGGAGUCCGGGUGUGAGGUCCGGCCCUGACCACCCGCAGGCCGGCUGCUGUCUUCAGACGCUCGGAUUCGAAGGCCCAGUGACCGCAGGCCCUGCCUCUCCCAAGAGGCUCCUCUCAGUGUGGCUGCUUCCCCAGGUCCCCUGCCUGCCUGGCUCCCGGGGGCUGCAUUGGAGACCCCUGGCAUCACUGGGUGCAGGUCGUGUCACUAGACCCUCAGGGUCCCCUGGCCGUCCUUGGGGGGGAGGGUGUGCCUGAGAGAGCAGAUGACGGUUGUCUCAAGUUCAGGGCUUUGGACGGCUAGGUCAUCCUGGGGACAGUGUGGACGCCGGUUGGUCCCGGUUCUGGAAAGACCCACCCUGGGAGAGGCUCUCGCUGGCACCCCCCACGUGGCGGGGACCACGCACCUGGAAACCCCGUCUCCGACGACAAAGCCAGGAGCGGCUUUGCUUAGCAGAGAAACUACUGUGUCCGGAAGGAGAAGGGGGCAGGGCGACUCGGGGAAGGCAGACAGGGGAGUCCUGAGGGUUGACUCCGUUUCCCUCUUUGCCGUGCGGCCGCCCCACACCCAGCUCGGGGACCAGCUCAGACGGGACGUGCUGCAUAGGAUCAUCUGCGUCUGAAUGCCAAGGCCCCCCAACAACCUCUCCCCAGACGACCUCUCCCCAGACGGCCCUGUGGGGACUGGAGCAAAGGCCAGCUCCUGGUGGGGGCACCUCGGCCCCGUCCCGCAGGGGGGAGAGGUACCGUGUGCGGGCGGGUGUUGUCUCGUCGCCCCGGAAAUCUCCCCCCGCCCCGUGGGCCACCGCCCGGCCUGUGGGCGAGCGGAGCCUGCUGAGGCCUGUGGGGAGGUCACGCUUCCCCAGAACCUCGCCUGGCGGGGCUCCCUGAGCGGCGGCAGGGACCACAGUCGGCCCGGGGAGCAGGCCACCCCAGCAGGGAUGAACGGGCCUGGGGAGUGGCAUUAGCAUCCUGUGGCUGCCGUCACAAGUCCCUCCCAACUGAGUGGCUUAAAACAGGGCUAUGAUCUCACAGUUUGGGGGCGCAGAACCCCAGUGCCAGGCUCGCGGGGCUCAAUUGGGGGGCAGGCAGGGCUGCUGGCUCCCUCUGGAGGCUCUGGCGAGAAUCCAGGUCCUCGCCUCCUCCAGCCUCUGGAGGUCACCGCUUUCCCUGGCUCGUGGCCCCUCCGUCUCCAAAGUGCAGCCUCUUCACAGCUCUCUCUGACCCUCGCCCUCCGGCCUCUCCGAGAGACCCUUGUGCUUGCUCCGGGCCCACUAGCGGACGCAGGGUCAUCGCAGCAUCUCCAGGUCCCAGCGGCAAAGCCCCCUUUGCCGUGCAGGGUGACACAGUUACAGGUUCUGGGCUCGGGGCGCGCACACCUUGCAGGGACGUUACCCAAGCACCCAUAGCAGGCUGGUCCAGGGAGCCGGUUGGACAGUCCAGGGGUGAGUGGGUGCCCACGGGCCUACCCCUCGUGGCCGUGCCCCGUGGGGCCCAAGCAGGGCUGAGUGGGCGGGCAGCUGCUUCACAGAGGGCCACGCUUCCAGACACGCCCGCUCUGGGAGGGUGGGCCUUCCUGUCCAGGCAGGGUCCCGUCGCUGGAGUGAGUGGGGCAGGGUGAGGUGAGGCGGGGCGAGAGGCCCCCCUUUCUUUUAAGUUCAAAUUAUAAGUCAUUCUUUAGUAUGUUUCUCCCCAGUGAGCCCCCCCCGCCCCCCAGUGAGUCCCUCCAUAGAACUAUUUCUGCAUCCCUGGGUAGAAGUGAUUUCUGAGUGCUUACAAGUUUGUUUGUUUUUUUUUAAGUUACUUUCUCAGUUCUCCAGGAAACCACAUCAAACGCUGGGCACUUCUGAAUUUCUGAAGCUCAGCUGUUUCUGAGGAAGUCACCACUCUCAGGGAGCAGCUGCUGAAAGCUACGAAAAUAGAAUGUUUUCUGGCCCCCGAGAGAUCCUCAGGGGCCACUGACCUUUGGCCCCAGCUUCUCGCUCCAGGGAUUUGGCUUUGGAAGGCUGACCUCUCCCCUCCCUUUCAUGCGUCGUGCCUGAUGGUGCCAGGUUGGGCUCCACUCUGCGACCCAGGCCCUGUCCCUGCUCCUGAAGCCCCUCCCUGACCCCAGACCUCCCCGCCUCAG